AAGGUAGGGGAGGGUUGCGGGCUCUUUGAGCCCGCAGCCCUGAAAGAGCUUGCAGCCUGGGCGGCACAUUCCAUCAUUUGCGCAAGCGCCCGACACCUCCUUAUCGCAUGUUGCUACGCGGUCGUCCCAUCCCCCGAAACUACCCCUAGCCUCAUACACGAACAUCCCACCAUUCUCCCCCCUCAGUACCUACUGCAAGCCUUUCACGAUGCCACUCGAACCAUCCUCGCCGCACGCCGACGACCAGUGCACUGGCAACACAAUAUGCUCAUCUCUGGAGCUCUUCAUGAAAGCGCCGCUAGAGAGCAUCUUAGUUCAAUGCAGCAUGGCUGCACUCAUAGCUCUCCAGAAGCGUAUACAACAAGUUCUCGUCGAAUAUACUCGAUACACAAGCUCGUUACCAUCGAACGAUAACUCCCGAUCGAAAGAGAACGCAAGCAUACAGCUCCAGAUUGCCGUCGACAACGCAGUAGAAUACAUGGAAGGCAGGCCAGAUGCAGAAUCGGAAGCGCUGUUCCAUAAGUGCAAGCACAACCUGAAGGAAUGGGUGGCCCUAUGGGGCUAUCGAGACAUAGGUACAUACAGGAGAGGGUGGAAUUCGCUCUCAAAAUCACAGAAGAACAAGCUAAAUACUAUGGAUGGCAAAGUUCUCAACCUCACAACCUUGUCGAGCGCCCAACAGGAUUUCGUAUUUUUUUUGGCUCCUACCUUUAAAGGGUCUCUGAGCCAAGAGAAUUUCGAUUCCAUGUUCCGCACAGGCAGCCAUUGGGCUGUCAUUGGUACAUACCUGAGGUCCAUCAUACAACCCUGUAUUGAUAAUGACAAAUAUCUCUCGAAAUACUUUACGCAAGCAUCCCACACUCUACCGAAGGAGCUACUGGUAUCGGCACAACUCCCAGAGAUGACGUUAGGGUCUCGCGAACUUGAACCCUCCACGAAGAGGAGGCGCAGCUCGUCUCACGUUUCACAGUCGGAGAAAACUAAUGUAUCGCCGGAAUUAGGCGCAUUUCGGGAUUAUGAGAAGGUUCCUUCCGGCAGCUACCAGUUUCAUCAUACUCAGAUGCCAUUCUCUACUCCUCUACCCUGGACUGUAUAUCGGAUUGUCUAUCAGGUCGAGGAAGACACAGGCGUACGAGUAUGGGCCACCAAAGACAGCUUCGACUUGGAGGUUGUCCAUGUUGAGCGCGAUAGGGUCAUCAUACCUUCCACGGCUGUUUAUAAGGGUUCUUGCCGCCAGGAGCUGGCGGACAGGGCUCAUGUGAAGCUCCCUUUCCAGUUCCUCAUCAUUGGAUUCCAGCUGUCUUCCUUACAUGCAUAA